UUCAGCUUAUUCUGGACGGGACAGUGCUUGCACGGGACAGGAAAUGACGCAAACUGAAAACCAGUUAUUGGGCUUGCUGUGGAGUUUAGGUCGAGAGGGACUAUGUUCUACAUUCCAUUCAACGGCGAAAAUUUCAAAGUUUUGAGCAAAAAGCCUUAGAUUUUAAAAUUACUUUUUCUAUUCCUAAGAAUGUCUGAAGACUGGAAUUUUACUGAGGAUGAGAUAAGGGAUAAGCUAGCUGAGCUUGGAUACAGGAAUAUUCCUAGAGAAAAGCUGAGAGAGUUUGCUGAUGAUCUACAGCAGCUUAUAAAGUUUGAGUCCUCAGCUACCAAUCAGCAGAGAGGUACAGCUUCAUCAUCAACUUUAGACACUACAGAACAGAUAGAUAGCUUUGUCAGUACAACAGAUGAACAGACUGAGACCUCACCAGAAUCAGACAAAGAGAGGCUUUAUCCAAGAAGAGCAGCAGAAAUAACCAGCAAGAAAGGAUUGAGUCACAUACCCUAUGGUAAAGAGAACUACUUAUAUCCCAUUAAAGAGGUUGAUACACCUACAUCAGACGGCACUUCAGUUGAUUAUGAAAGACCUAGUCAUAAAUUGGCCAAAAAGAGGAAAGUACUACGACGGAGAAAUGGAGAGGCUAGAGUGUUUGAUGAAUCAUUUACUUCCACAGAUUCAGGUUCAACAGGAACUGAUAUUUCAGAGCUUGAGCAGAGGUUGAGAGAACUUCCCUUGUGUGACCCAAAAUAUGACAACAUAUUUCAACAACCUCUCGAUUACCGUCCGUGGGAGGGGCAACAAGCUGGAGGUGCAUUACCAUCAUAUAUCAGACCAAGAACAAGUCAUCCUCAUACAAGAGGAAUCAAAAAGUGUGACCCAGUGAAUAGGUAUCGUCAGUUCAGUCGUGAAUGGGAGAAUAACAAGGCUCCAGGAGAAAAGAGCCACAAGUCAUUACGAUGGAAUGUUAGGGGACAAUUAUUACAGUGUGAUAUCUUUGAGCGACCUCAACGGCGGUAUGUGCCAAAUAACUAUGUCGUUCCCACUGACAAGAAACGGCAAAAUCUACGCUGGCAAGUUAGAACAAAUAUGGCAAGAGUUUGAAUAACUCUGCUGUAAGAUACAGUAGCAGCAGGGCAUGGCAGAAUCAACAAGGGCUGUAGGAUCUUUUGUGCAUACAUGUGGAAGAUCUAGGAAAUUCCAAAGGUAGUGAUGGGGGGAGUGAGGUAGGCUCGAGAAAAUAGUAUCACAGAUAUAAUGUGAAAGGUAAGGUUUUUAGAUGAGAAUCCUUAACCAAAUGGGGGAGUCCUGAACAGCCUUUUACUUUCAGAACCUAUUCUAUGAGCCUUUUAGCUUGGCAUACAAGUUUCUCCCAUUUCAGACCAUGGGUUAUUCCCUAGAGUACGAAUUUCUUUGUUUAACAUUUUGGCAUGAGAAGAAGCUGGAAUAUGGAUAUAAGUAAACAAAGAAUCUUAUUCUCAAGAGACUGACAUAUGGUCUGUAAUGAGAAAACAUAUUCAAGCUAAAAACAUCUACUGUACCAGCAUUCCUUGUCAUUGUGUUUUCAAAAGUAAAUCCUGCCUCUAAGUUUUUAAAUUUUCUCCCCAUUGUUAUUUGAAUCAAGAAUUUAUUUCCUUGAACCGGUAUAUAAUUCAAUUAUUAUUC